AUGGCAGAAGAAAACACACCUCGCAACAAUGACCCAAACAAACUCCCACCGAUAUCUCCUCGUUCUUUGCCAUCUCUGUCAAAACCGAAGAAGAAAAAAAGGGCUGUAAAUAAGUCAAAUGGGGAAAUUAACAGCAGUUUUACAAAGUCUCCCGGUUCUGAUUUGAGUCCAGAUAAACUUCAAACCGAAGAAAUCUUUAAAAGUCCAAGCAAUCGAGUUCUUCCACCAAUUCAAACUUCUCUUUCAUCUCCAGAAAACGUAUCGAAUGAAUCUCAACUGUCCGAAAAACGGAAAAAAAAGAAAAAAAGUGAACAAGGCACAGUUUCUUAUAGUGAAGAAACAUUAACAGAGAAUGGUUUUGAUGAGCCACUGACUAAUGGAACACCAAGGAAAAAGAAAAAGAAAAGAAAGAAGAAUGCAGAUGAUGGAGAAGAAGUAGCUGAUGAAUAUCUUAAUACACUUCUUUAUGACUUGGGCAGCAUUGAGGAAGAUGUUGUGACAAGUCCUGAGCCUCCUGCAGAUAUUCCAAGUUCUUUAGUGACUCCUACCAUCCACAGUCAGCCUGCCGAUAUACUUUACAUUGAAACUAAUCGAAAGUUCAAAGCUACUCCCAAAUCCAAAGCAAUCAUCCAUUCUACUGAACCUGUUCCAGUAACAGAAAACCAGUUUCAUCCAGUUGGAAGUAUCCCUCAACAGACAACAUUAGAAUUUGCAAUCAACACUCACCAAAUUUGGAAAGGUUUAUGUUUAUUCAUCCAUGGCCUUACUGCUGGAAUUGGUCUGUGGCAUAUUGUUCUGGUUACAAUACUCAGUCGUAAGGGGUACCAGGAGUUUUUAGAAAUCUAUGCUGGGCUUGCCCUCCCCAUGCAGAGUAUCUUUUAUACUUUGCUAGUUAUUUGUGUGGUAUCUGUUUGUGACAGGUAUGACAUAAGCAACAUAACACACAGGUUCCUUUUGCGUUCAUUAACCCUGCAGACUGGGGCUGUCUCUGUCAUUAUCUAUUUUAUAUGUCUGAUUCUCAGUGUCAGUGUAGCCAAUAUUGAUGACAAAAUGUACUUGCAUAACAAUAACACUCGACUUUUCAAUACUGAUAAGGAACUGGAAGAAGAUGUGGCUCUGUGGAAAAUUAUCAAUAUUCUACGAGGUGUUGGUGCUGUUUUUGGUUGGUUUGUGUUGUCUAUAACUCCUAAUGCUGACCGAUUGAGUGAAAGCCUCUUAGAGGUUACAGACAAUGUUAUAGGAAUCACUGUCCAGCAGGAAAGUGUAAUGAUUGCAUAA